AUGCCUCCUUACACAUCUUCGCCCUCACCACUCACUUCAGCUUCCUCCUCCUCGGGCAAUCUCACCAUGACGCCCCAGACGACCGAGUCGAGGCGCUCUCGCCCGGCCCAGGUGCAAACCAGCAAUAUAACACCCUCCUCACAACAGGCGUCAAUGCCUGCUUCCGCCGUCAGCUCAUCUUCCGUGGCUUCAAGCUCACGGCAGUGCUCCCCCAUCAUGUCCCCAGACGGUGCCAUCAUGACGAGCAACAGCUCUGUCCAAGUGUCUCCAGAGCCUUUCCGUGGUCGAGAGCUUCACGACCAGGUAUCUCAGGGCACCUUCCAACUGCCUGAGCCCGUGCUCAACAGGAAAGCGAGCCAGAACUCUCUGCCCCACAGCAUAAGCAGCACCCCCAGUGGCAUGGAACCUGUCACAAGCAAAAGCGGGAUCAUCAGGCGGCUUUCAAACCGGGCAACCAAGUCCUUUGUCCGUCGCAGGCCGUCUUCUGCCGCACCGAACAGUCGGGACGGCAGCAUCGGCCCGGGCAUGCUACGCCGCCGCAGUGACAGCAACAAUACAGCCCCGCCAGACUUUCCCAUCGUCGGCACCGACUCUGAUGAUGACUCGGUUGAUGAGCAAGACGAGCUCCGAUCGCAAGUCGGCUUUGAUGGCACACAAAGAGACUCGUCUUCAAACAGCACGACCGCCUCCGUUGCCGGCUCGAAUGCACCUUCAAAUACAAUGGCUGGUCCUGUGAUUCCUUUUCAGCUUCUCAAGGGUACUUGGAUCCGCAAAGUGUCCAAGAAGAACCGUGGGAAGCGAUUCAUACUUCUUCUGGAGCCAGACGCCGCCAAGAUCUCGUGGGACCGAGCUCGUCCUCACAAGGCCCUCUACAUCGACGACAUUAAAGAGAUCAGGGUCGGCUCUGAUAUUCGACAAUACCGACUCGACUUUGGCGUGCCAGAAUCGGAAGAGCCCCGCUGGUUCUCUAUUUUGUACGCCGUGCCCGACAAGUCCAAGAGCAAAAUGAUGCAUCUCAUUGCCGAUGAUGCUAGUGUCUUCUACAACUGGGUCACCACCCUAGAGGCCAUUUCGAAGCAUCGCCAGGAUCUCAUGUCGUCGCUCAUGGCCUUCAAUGACCGGGCGAUCCGCGACUACUGGCGCACCGAGAUGGCCAAGCAGUUCGCUGAUAAGCCUCACUCCCCUGACGACGAAGACCUCAACUUUCAAGGCGUCCAGGACGUCUGUCGAAAAUUGCACAUCCAUGCGUCGCCCAGCCAGCUUCGCGCAAAGUUCCAUGCAGCUGACACCACCAAGACCGGUCGCCUUAACUACUUUGAGUUUCAAACCUUCGUCGGCUACAUGAAGAGGAGAGACGACAUUCGUCAAGUAUACCUGCAGACGGCGAGGGCUCCCGAGGCCGGCCUCUCGCUGAACGAGUUCUAUGACUUCCUGCGCAAUGUACAGGGGGAGGAUGUUGAUGCCGAUCUCGCCGGGUGGGAGGCAUUGUAUCUCAAGUUCACCCGCAAGUUCAAGCCCAAGGACGCGCCAUCGGACAAUUUUGGCAUGAGUGAUGCCGCCUUCGCUGCUUAUCUCACUUCGACAUACAACGUCCCCCUGGCCAAGGAGCCCAAGGAGUAUACUCUGGAUCGGCCCAUGAACGAGUACCUUGUCUCGAGCUCUCACAACACGUACCUCUUGGGAAGACAAGUGGCAGGGUUCUCUAGCGUUGAGGGCUACAUCGCUGCCCUCGCACGAGGCUGUCGGUGUGUCGAGGUCGACUGCUGGGAUGGAGCUGACGGCCAACCUACCGUAAACCACGGCCGGACGCUAACCUCAUCUAUCGGUUUCCAGGAAACCAUGACGACCAUCAACAAGUACGCGUUUGUCAAGACGCGUUACCCGCUCUGGAUUUCUCUUGAGGUGCACUGCAACCCGCAACAGCAGGCUAUCAUGGCACGAAUCAUCAAGGAGACCUUUGGGGCCCGCCUCGUCACAGAACCCCUAGAUCCCACAGCUGACAAGCUUCCUUCUCCUGAGGAGCUUAAGGAGCGUAUCCUCAUCAAGGUCAAGAAGCCCAUGUCGAAGGAGGAGCCAAAACUCCCCGAACCCGGCCGCAGGCGUGGCAACAGCCUCACGUCGCCCUAUGCGAAACCUGUUCAACUCGACAACAACGUCAUCCCGUCUCAGUCGCUUCCGCAAAGCCCACUCCUCAGCCCAAGCAACUCGUCGCGCCGCCUGGUUAGCAAGAGCCGUGUCAACACCAUCACCGAGGGUGAAGUCCAGGACACCAUGAGCAGCAGCACGAGCGAUAACGACAGCGCAGGCGAGAGGGCACCAUCGAAGCGGAAUUCACCCAACAAGACGGUCAAGGUCCUCGGCGAUCUUGGUGUCUACUGCGCGGGUGUCAAGUUUGGCGGGUUCGACACAGCUGACGCGAAGGAGUACAACCACAUUUUUUCCUUCAUGGAGUCGAGCUUUGAAAAGCACAGCAGGCCCAAAGAGGCGAAGCAGGCCAUGGAUCGACACAACAUGCGCUACCUGAUGCGAGUCUACCCUGAUCGAUACCGAUACCAGUCGACCAACUUUGAUCCUCUAGUCUACUGGCGAAGGGGCGUGCAGAUGGCCGCCAUGAACUGGCAGACAUUCGACUUGGGCAUGCAACUCAACCAGGCCAUGUUCGACAGCGGUACUGAUCGGUCCGGAUAUGUCCUCAAGCCUAGCGAGCUUCGUGAAAUCCAAGUGCUCCCCGAAGGCUGGUCCGGCAAACGCGAGCGCAAGGAGGUUACCUUCAGCAUCGAUGUCGUUUCCGCCCAGCAGCUGAUGCGGCCUAACGGCAUGGCUGCGUCCAAGACUGUGGACCCCUUUGUUGAGAUUGAGGUCUUCCACGCCAACGAUAAGAGGAACAAGAAAGAGACGGAACCCGCUCUUUCGGCAGUCUCAGACACGCCACUCAAGUACCGCACCGGCGUGAUCCCCGAGAACGGUUUCAACCCCGUCUUCGAUGCCAAAUGCAACUUCAAGGUGACGACGAAGUACCCAGAUCUCAUCUUUGUUCGAUGGUCUGUCAAGCUGUCGCACAACGGCGAGACAUACAACGAUAAGCCACCCGUCGCAACGUACACAGCGAAGCUGAGUGGCCUCAAGUCUGGCUACCGCACCCUCCCUCUCUUCGACCACAACGGCGAACAGUAUCUUUUCUCGACACUUUUCUGCAAAAUCAAGGUUGAUCCGAUCAACAGCGUCCUCCUGGACUGUGUUGACCCGCAAGUCGACACCAGCGGCAAGCUUCGAGGGCUCGGUCGCACCAUCUUCAACCGAUCCAAUAACAUCAGUCCCAAGUCGACCAUGGAGAAGUCUAGCUACGACGGCUCCCAGGGGUAA